AAUAUGAACCAACAGUUACCUAUGCAAAUGCAGAGACCAUAUGGCAUGCAUCCUGUUCAACAACAACCUAUGUUUGGCUUUCCUCCUAACCAACUGCCUCCUCAUCCUAUGGUCCCUCAAAAUCCAACGUUUUCUGGAAAUUCUCAGUUUGGUGUUGUGCCUGGAAAUCAAGUCAGGCCACCAAUUGCCCCAAAUCCGGCAGCCGGGAACCCAAAUGGUUUUGUAUCAGGUCCUUUUCCAUCUCAGCAGUUACAAGGGAAUACUUCUGUGCCACAUAAUACAAACAAUGCUCAAAGUUCUGCAUUUAGGAAUUCACAUUCACAGGAAAAUCCUAAUAGCAAUGUCAACACUAAUUUUGCAAACUCUAACUGGAAAGGAUCGCCAAACAAUAACUUCAAAGGAAACAGGAGAGCAGGGUUUUCAAAAAGAUCGUAAGGGUAGAGGUUUGAACUCUUCUACUUUGUAUCGAGAU